AUGCCACUAAUAACGAAUGCUAUUAAAGCGAACCAGCGGUGUAUUGUACGCGCCAUAGCCCGCAAUCCCACUAGGAGUUUGUUAUCCACUCAGUCGAACCACUCGCAGUCGCAGCCACAGCCACCGCACAAGAAACCUCUCCUUUCCGCCACCCCGCUCUCACCAAAGGCACGCCCGCCCAAGCAGCAUUCCGAACUAACCAAGAAAAUCGUCUUCUCCAUAGCCAAGUUAUUUGGAUACAACAGCGACACCUCCACCGCAAUACGCACCACCUCCGACUACUACGAUAGGUGUGCCGAGUGGGAAGAAGGCCACGGUGAAUUCCUUAAAACUGCUAACCUCCCGCCCACCUUCAACACGUGGUUCCACCUCACUAACCUCCACAUUUGGUUGCUUACCGUCAGGUUCAGAGCUCUCCCAGAACCACUCGCACGUCUCUAUAUACAGGAGCUCAUUAAUCACUUUUUCAUCGACAUUGAAUCGCGUAUUCGUCACAAGUUUAAAAUCACCCAGGAGCGCACUGUUAGAGGUUACAUGAUGGCUUAUUUGGAUAUGUGGCGUGGUUCAGGUGUGGCGUAUGACGAGGGACUCGUCCGCGGUGAUGCUGUACUCGCUGCUGCGUUCUGGAGGAAUAUCUACUCAGGUAGAGGCGUCAAGGAGGAGAUUGACUCGGGUGACAUGGAGUUGUCCCCUUCUGGUAGAGCCGUUAGGGAGGAAGAGGGCGUACAUGGCGAGGCUAUGGAAGUCGCUAUCCCUAUCCACCUCAACAGCCUCGUGCAUUACACUCGCAGCGAACUGCACCGUCUCGAUCACCUCGACGACGACCACAUUCGCCGUGGUAUUGACAACAAGACUACUGAAUUUGGUUCACCCGUCGAUCCAUCGCCGUCGAAAUAA